AACACCUGAUUUCGACACAUAAUCUAACCUAAAAAUAGCCGGCCCUCCAAUCAGAUGAUGUUGGCAGAAUUGGCCCCCAGCUCAUUUGAGUUUGAGACCCCUGGCCUACACACAACCAGACCCCUCUGACACAACACAGAGCGAGCGCGGAAUGAACAGCAUCCUUACAUGAGCCAUUGGUAUCAUUGUGAAGCUUUUUACCUGUGACAGCAAAGUCUGAGAAACACAUCCAACCAUGAGUUCAUCUGAUGAGGAGAGUUUUGAUGAGCUCAGAGUGUACUUCACCCAGACGGAGUGGGCUCAGCUGGCCAAAUGCGAGAAGGUGCGCUUCAGGAACAUGAAGAGGAACCACCUGGUCAUGCUGGCCAUACACACCACACCCCUGGAAGACAGCGAGGACCGCAACUUAAAGCCUUCCAGACAGGAUGUGGUUCAGAAGCCCAGGACGGAUCACCCCGGGCCAGAGCAGUCUAUAUCUGCUGCUCUCCGCGAGCAUGUGGGGCUUUUGGGAGCUGGGAUGCUGAGAAGAGAAGCUGAUGAUGCCCAUGGUCAGGGAGGAACUAGAGGAAAUCAGGAGGUGGAUGUCCUGAAAUCCAACCUCGGCAAGGAUGAUGCACAGAAAGGAGAGGAAUUGCUCACGCAGCCUCCAGUGAUCAACAUAAAGCCCUUCCUUUCCCUGCACAGUGGGGAGUCUGAGGAAGCACCAUGUUUUGCCAUGGCUGGAGGUUUAGGUAACGGACUGAAAGAAGCCCUGUCUGCCUUGCAAGAUGGCUGGAGCAGGGAGAGUGAGUUGGGUAGAGACACCCUGACUCGGUUUGGGAUUUGCACUGGGAGUGAUGGGUCAGCUGAGGCAGGGCUCUCGGCUCUGGCCACACUGAUUGCAGACAGAGAUGGUGACAGUGUGGGCCCUUGGACAUCCAAUCUGGAUAAAGAACUCUGGGUUCCUGGAGAGGAAGCAGGAAGUGUUUCUUUGACCUUUAUAGUUCCUCCGGCCUUUGAAGUGAGGACACACCUCAGUACAGUGGCUCCCACGAUGCUGUUGUUCUUUGUUGCCUCCAAAAGAACAGAGAUCCUUGAAGUUACUUUCAGCAGCGAUGUGCUCUUUCCCAACAAACAGACAGCAUGCCUUUCAGUAGAAACUCAGUUCAUCGUGCUGACCAGGAGAGUGCCUGAAACAGGAAGUCCUAGACUGCAGACCAUACGAAUCACUGUUGAGUUGAAGCAACCAAACAGGGGGCCAAAUCUGUCUUUGUCUGAAGUUCAAAACUUGUUAAUGAGACGUGGUAAAGAAGAAGUUGCCCUGAAGAGACCUCUGCUGGUCUUUUUUCCAAACAAGUCACGACAUGAGGAUAAGCCUGGGGGCAUUACCUCCACUGAUCACAGUACCCCAUCUCCAGUGCUGCCACCUUCCAGAACGUACCAGUUCUUGUGUGAGCUCCAGAGGUUCCUUAGUGAUGUUCUCCCCCAGAAGAAGGCGUUGUCUUCACCUGACGGACAUGCCGUGGCUCUCCCGUUGGCCUCGCUGAGCUCUAUGCCACCCCUGACCCUGGGUGAGUCGUCCAGCGAGAGCCUCCUGCUGGGGUUACUGAACUCCUCAACGCCGACCCUUUUCUCCUUCCCCCAACGGGGCUCUGGGCUGCUCAGCCACCGAGUGGCGCUCUCUCUCCAGCCACCGCUGCUGUCCAUGCUUCGGCAGGGGCUGGACGACGCACUGGCCCAGUUUCGGCACGAGGAGGUGGGAGGUGGGCAUUUGACUGACAGACUAAAGAGGCUAAGUGAUCUUAGUGCCUUGCCAGCUGAAGGGAUGGAUCAAUCAGGUGGUGAUGGGGAUUCCGGUGAGGUCCAGUACUGUGCCCUGCUGUUGCUCAAGGCCUUGCAGACUGUCCUGGGGACCUGGGAGGCCGAGCGAUCGCAGAGGUCAACCCGCGGAGGGGGCGAGGAGAGUCAAGGAAAUCACAACCCCUGUCGCCUGCAGAGCUUGACCAUCUCCCUCGAGGCCUUAAUUCUGGAGCCUUCCGUGGCCACCAUCAACAACUGUGAGGGCGAGUGUAGCUUCCCUUUGCCCAAGGGCAACAACCAUGCCAUCCUGAUUAACAGCAUGGUGCAAAAGGGGGGCUGGACUGGCCGCGCCCCCUGCUGCGUGCCCACAGAGUAUGGAGACCUGCUGGUCGUGGAGCUGGACAAAGAUGGCACCACCUUCUCUGCCAAGACAAACAUGGUGGCCAAGGAAUGUGGCUGCCGCUGAAUUCAGACUGAUGUUUGUGUUUCUGACCACAGCCCACUAACAUGACAGUGCACAAAUAUAUAUGGACUUGUGCAUGUUUUUUUUUCUUUUUGAUUCUCACUACCAUCAUGUAAUUGUAUUAUAAUUACGCUGUACAUACACUGAUACAUCACAACUGUAUUUAUUUCCCUAUCUACAUAUUUUCACAAUUGUGCUUUAACUGACACAUUCCUUAAGACAGUAAAGGUAUUUUUAUGUGCGUAGGGACUCACAGAACAGAUGUUAUUUCAGUAGAAAACAUUAAAACCACUUCAGUUAAGGUGAAA